AUGACGAUAGAUUGGAGAGCAGAGUAUGAGAAGGUGGUGAUGCUAGAGGAAGAUGAAAGCACGUCCUUGUCUCUUUCGUCUGUGCAACAGACUACCAAGAUACAGGAUGAUAAAACAAUAGCGUUUUUGGAUACAUUGCUCAAGCAAGAAGGCGGUGAGUGGUGGAUGAAGUUCUGUCAUCGAGUCGAGGGUGCAACGAAAGAGAGUGAUGGUCAGAAGGUCAAUGCACCGAGUGAACAAGACAAGAAGAAGUUGGUGGUAUUUAAGAAGCGGUUGUCUGACGUAGGAAGUAAGCUAAUGGUAGAUCUGCCGGAGCUAAAUGUUUCUGUGAGCAGCAAGGAGAUGCCGCACUUUACCAAAGUGCGAGUGCUACAGCUCCAGCUCAUGUGCCGUAUGUUAUGCUUUGGAACGCUAUCCAGUAAGAAACGAGAAGAGUUAAAGAAGUUGAAGAAGGAGAUUCGAGGACUGCUGGACCGCGUGGCGCUGCUUCUGGAUGCAGCCAACCCACCGUCGUUGGCAGAUGAAGAUGUGGACGAACGUUCGCCAUUCCAGAAGUUCUUGCAGCAAAAAUUGGGUCCUAGACUGCAGAUGCUGAUACCAAAGCUAAUGCAAUAUUUGCUGAGGGUUUACGAACUGGAAGACGAGCAUAGCAAGGUGAAGCAGGACGUACAGGGUGCUAUGAACUCGAUGUUGUCGACGCCAGUAGUGAAGCUACCGCAACCUCAUCCUGACAUACCAAGUCCAUCUGUUACUGGCAACACGAGCAUUUUGUCUGCAUUACGCCAGGAACGGCCGCCUAAACGCGCUCGCCCCGAUGCACGCGAGUUGUUUAAAGAAGUUAUGUUGCCUCAUCAAUUGCAACAGAAGCAAAUGCAGUUGCAUUCUCAAAAAUCGAGACGGGUAUCGAUAAGCUACAGAAGCAACGCAAACAAAAGUAGUCGAGAUGCACUGCAUGGUGUUGCGUGCGUAGAUUCGAUCAAAGCUGUAACGACGACGAGGGCAUUAACCACUAGGAUGUCUGGUGGAAGUGAAUUGCUGCGUCGUGCCGCUGCAAAGACAUCUGCAGCAUCUUCUAAACCUAUGCCUGAACGGUCUCAACUUGCUGGAGGUCAAAACACGAUUGCCUCAUCGCCAAGCACUGCCACCCAAGUCGGACUAUCAGCGCCAAGGAGAAUUCAGUCAGCAUCGAAUGCUGGAUCUGCGGCGCGCCGAACCGUUGUCACUUCAUCAGUGGUCAUGCGUACUCCGGAUAGACCAAAGCGAUUAGGUGUACGGAGCAUCAGGAGGGUUUUGGUAGAAGCGUCUCCUCCACUGCGUAGACCCAGCGCACAUCUUCUUCGGUCCAAGUCAUCUCAAUCAGGUGCAAAGCCUCCUCCUCUUUUUGGGUGA